GCGAUGGCUCGUGGUGCCAUGCGUGGUGCUCGAGGAAUGAUGAACAGCUUUGGCCCACCUGGGCGUGGGAGGGGUCGAGGGAGGGAUGGAGCCAUGAAUGGAUUUGGGCCCAUAAGAGGAUUGGGAAGGAUGCAACCUUACCCAGACACGAGAGGCCAUCGUGGUAGGUGUGGACCAAUGGGCAUGGGGCCUCCUCCUCCCCCUCCUCCUCCCAUGCACCUAAGAGCCCCCUUUCCACCCAUGCCCAGACAUGGGCCCCCUCCAUCCUCACCUCCUCGUUAUCCUGGGUUCAGGGGGCGACCACUACAUCCUCGAGGAAUGCCACCUAUUGGACCGCCACGCCACUUCCACCCCCGUGGCCCUAGAGGCUACCACAAUGGACCGGUGUCUCCUCCUCUUCACCCUCCACCUUGCAGAGGCCAGAGGUGGCCAGGCCCCCCUGGUGGCCGACGCUUUUAACACAGCCUGCCCCAAAAACUAUAAACAAGCACCUGUUAACGUACAAGGGGCUGAAAGUGGUGCGGUGAAUAAACUAUGUGUUAUACAGGGUCUCUGAGUAUCUUGA